AUGUUGGUUCUCUUCUCAUCUCCAAACACUGUUUCAGAGCUACCAAUCAGCUGUGGUCAAGUCACAGGAUACAGCUAUAUGAAUGCACAAGCAUUAGAUUUCUCCAUUGCUGAUGUAUUUGAGUUCAAGUGGGUAAAACUGUUGCCCAUUAUCGCAGAUGGUGGGACAUCAUUUUCUGCAGCCAAAGCAACUCGCAAGCGACUUGAAGUCCCAAAAGGCUAUCUUGCAGUCUAUGUUGGAGAUAAGAUGAGGCGGUAUGUGAUUCCUGUAUCAUUCUUAAAUCAACCUUCUUUUCAACAAUUACUAAGUCGAGCAGAAGAAGAGUUUGGAUAUGAUCAUCCAGCUGGUGGUCUUAAAAUUCCGUGUAAAGAGGAUGAGUUUCUAAACCUCACUUCUCUCUUGAAAGAGCUCAUCCUUAUUGCAUAUUUCAUUAUAUCAUCUCUACAAGGGAUUGUUGAGGCCAUCCGUUGUAUUGUCAAAUCCAAAUUCUUGUUCAACUUCACUCAGCAGGUCUUUGAAUUGAAGCCCUUUGGGACAUCAAGGCAAACAGAAACCAUUGCAGAUCAAGAGAAUGAUUUGAAGAAGACUUGUCAAUUCGAACCAAGUCUUACAUUCCAUCACUUAAUAUCUUUACCCUUUGGUUCAUAUCUAGCUUUCUCCAUCAUGAAGACUGGUAACAGAUUUGUGGGGAUAGCUAAUGCCAAGCAGAAACUUCAGAGAACUCUUUCACAAAGAAUCAAAAUGGCUUCAGCUGUUGCUGAUGUUCCAAAAGGGCAUUUGGCAGUUUACGUUGGAGAGAACUAUAAGAGGUUUGUGAUUCCAAUAUCUUACCUAAGCCACCCUUUGUUCAGAGACUUGCUGGAUUGGGCUGAAGAAGAAUUCGGAUUCAACCACCCAAUGGGUGGUCUCACUAUUCCUUGCACUGAACAUUACUUCAUCACUCUAACUUCUUCUCUUAAUUGA